UUAUAUAAACAAGGGGAUAUCAUGAUAGGAGGAAUUUUUGCUGUCCACUUUAAAGCAAUACCACCAGAAAUAUCUUUCAGGGCAAGACCUCAGGACUGGAUGUGUGACAGUUUUGAUAUCCCAGUAUUCCAAAGAUCACAGAUUAUGGUGUUUGCUAUAGAGGAAAUAAACAGAAAUAAGCUGCUGCUUCCCACCCUCACUCUGGGUUACAGAAUAUAUGACAACUGUAUGAAUCUGCAGGUGUCUCUGAGAGCCGCAUCCACUCUGACUGCUGGUCUGGACGAUGCCAUGACCGAUGCCAACUGCAAAGGACUCCCACCUGUUGUUGCCAUUGUGGGAGAACCCCUCUCUACUCAUUCAAUUGCUAUUGCAAGAAUUUUGGGUUUGUUUAGUAUUCCGCAAGUCAGUUUUUGUGCAUCAUGCCCCUGUUUAAGCAACAAAAAGGAGUUUCCUUCUUUCUUUCGGACAGUCCCAAAUGAUGCCUUUCAAGUGAAGGUGAUGGCAAAACUUAUUAAACAUUUCGGAUGGACAUGGGUUGGAGUUAUUGGAAGUGAUGAUGACUAUGGGCUUUAUGCUCUGGGAAGUUUUAAUGAAGAGAUAAAUAAAUUUGGGUGCAUUGCUUUCUCAGUAACCCUUAAAGUUAAUGAAAAGAACAACAUUUUGAAUAUAGUAAAAAUAAUUAAGCAAUCAACUGCAAAAGUCAUUGUAGUUUUUUUGACAAAAUUGGAUGUGACGGUAUUGAUGAAAGAAAUUGUUCAACAAAACAUUACAGGGAGACAGUGGAUAGCAAGUGAAGCUUGGAGCGCCUUUGCUGCUUUGGCUGGUAAUGAGAAGUUUGACUACUUUGGUGGGACGUUAGGUAUCGCUGCAAGACGAGGAGUGAUCCCAGGGCUAGAAGAGUUUCUUCUUCAGAUACAGCCCAGUUCUGAUCCAGAAAAUAAUUUGUUAAAACAAUUUUGGGAAACAAUGUUUGGCUGCAAGCUUCUCUACACUAGUGACACAUCUAAUUCGUCUAAUAUGAUUGACAAUAAAAUAUGCACAGGGUCUGAGGACAUGAGAAGUAAAAAGACAGAGUUUACUGAUGUGUCACAGUUAAGGGCUUCCUAUAGUGUAUACAAAGCAGUGUACGCUGUCGCAUAUGCCUUACAUGAUUUAUUAAAUUGUCAAAGUGGAAAUGGACCAUUUGAAAAUAACACCUGUGCAGAUAUCAAAAAUUUCAAACCCUGGCAGCUUUUGCAUUACUUGAAGAAAGUUACCUUCACCACUCAUUUUGGAGAAAGAGUGGCUUUUGAUGAAAAUGGGGAUGCUCUUGCAGUUUUUGAUAUUGUAAAUUGGCAGCAAAUGGCAGAUGGUACUAUGAUCAGUAAAACUAUUGGAGUAUUUAAUCAGUUAUCUGUGUCUCAAGACCAGCUUAUUCUUAAUGAAGAAGACAUAUUCUGGAAUUUCAAAUCUGGAACUGUUCCUGAGUCCUUUUGUAGUAAAAGCUGCUCUCCAGGUACAAGAAAAGCCAUCAGAAAAGGGGAGCCUAUCUGCUGCUUUGACUGUAUACCAUGUGCAGAUGGGGAAAUCAGCAGUCAGACUGAUUCUACUGAAUGUUCCAGAUGUCUUCCUGAUUUCUGGUCUAAUCAAAAGAGAAAUAAAUGUGAACCAAGAGAAAUAGAGUUUCUCUCAUAUGAAGAUGCAAUGGGAGUUUCUUUAACUGUAACUGCGUUAUUGGGUGUUUUCAUUUCAGUCUCUGUUUUGGUGGUGUUUAUUCGAUACAGAAACACUCCAGUUGUAAAAGCAAACAAUUCUGAGCUGAGUUUCCUUUUGCUUGUGUCUUUGUUGCUUUGUUUUUUGUGCUCCCUCUGCUUUAUCGGGAAACCGUCAGACUUAACAUGUAUGUUUAGGCAUGUGCUCUUUGGUAUCAGCUUUGUCUUGUGCAUUUCUUGCAUUCUUGUAAAAACAAUUGUUGUGAUCAUGGCAUUUAAAGCUAAAUUACCUGGUUACAAUAUAACAAAGUGGUUUGGUAUUUCUCAGCAGAGGGGCACCGUUUUCUUCUUUACCUUCAUUCAAGCACUAAUAUGCAUUGUAUGGCUAACAACAGCUCCACCCUAUCCAUUUAAAAACACAAAACAUCAUCCUACUAAAGUUAUAUUUGAAUGUGAUGUUGGUUCAGUUACAGGAUUUAGCUGCCUCCUUGGAUACAUUGGACUGCUUGCUGGCAUUUCCUUUCUGCUUGCAUUUCUUGCUAGACAUUUACCAGACAAGUUUAAUGAGGCUAAAUUUAUCACUUUCAGCAUGCUCAUCUUCUGCGCUGUCUGGAUAACCUUCAUCCCUGCGUAUAUCAGCUCUCCUGGGAAACAUACUGUGGCUGUUGAGAUUUUUGCUAUUUUGGCCUCAAGUUUUGGGCUGCUCAUUGCGAUUUUUGCUCCUAAAUGUUACAUCAUUUUAUUUAAACCAGAACAAAACACCAAAAAAGCCUUGAUGGGCAGAGACAUUCCUAAAAACAAAUGA